CUGGAAGUGACCAACGACAUCAUAAUAGCGUACACAUGUACAUACUGUAAAUAGGUAUAGUAGCUUCGGAAUUUCAGCACCCUUCUUCCUUCAACUCCCAACCCGAGCAACAAACCAAAAACCACAUCACUCGGAAGAAAAGCCAAAAGGGAUCAGGCCAACGAAAAAAAAAGAAAAGAAAAGAAAAGAAACCAGCAAUGCGUCUCCCGCCCCUCAGCAGCCUCCUCCUAGGCGCCGCCUCCCUCCUCCUCCUCCCCCCCUCCGCCACCGCCGUUACCCACCACCCCGAACCUCAAACCACCGUAUCCCUCUGGAUCCCCUCCUCCGCCAUCCUCCCAAACCCACGCACGCUCUCGGCCACCACGCACGCGACGCUCACAGCUCUGCGCUCCUUCCACGACGCCCCGCUGUCGACCUCGGGGGCCUUCGUCUUCCGCAACGUGACGCCCGGCUCCUACCUCGCCGACGUGCACUGCGGCUCCCACGCCUUCGCCCCCCUGCGCAUCGACGUCGUUGCAGCUGACGAGGCGUUGCUGGUGAGAGCGUGGGAGACGUACCGCGGCAACGACUGGGAGAACAAGGGCCCCGAGGUGCCGCGCACCGCCGGCGGAGCCGCCGGGUUUGCCAUGCGUGCGCUCGCGCCCAAGGAGUAUUAUGUUGAGAGAGGGUCUUUCUCGAUCCUCGGCAUCCUCAAGAACCCCAUGAUCCUCAUGGGUCUCGUGAGCAUGGUUCUCUUCAUCGGCAUGCCGAAGCUUGUCGAGAACAUGGACCCCGAGAUGCGCGCCGAGUUCGAAGAGCAGCAGCGCAAGAACCCCAUGAACAGCAUCAUGGGCGGCGGCGGCGGCAGCGGCCAGGGAUCCGGCGCCAACCCCAUGGGCAACUUCGACAUGGCUGCGUACCUUGCCGGCCAGGGGACCGGGAAGAAGGAAGAAGCCCCCGAUAAUGCCGGCAGUGUGGCGAAGAAAGGUGGGCGGAGGAAGGGGGAGUAAGGAAUGAAUUGGCUGUAUCGGAUUAGGAGAGGAAAGUAAGGCUGGCUUUACUGGCUUUAUGGAACGUGGGAUGGAUGAUCCGGGUAUACUUUGCUUGUCUAGGUGUCUGCCUAUAUGCGGCCUACGUGGGCAUUUAGGUACCUGGAUACCGUCCCUAAUUUACCUAGAUACCUACCCAGGUAUAUACGAGAAUAGGAUAGAAUGAGCAAAGAAGACAUGUGUAAUGUACGUGUCUACACCAAUUGAACGCGAAUUCAAGACUACCUAGUUAAGAAUAUUCACCUAGAUAGACACACAUCAUUACUCAUUUGCAAACGCAUUCAUG